GCUAAGGGUUAGAUGAAGUAGGGUACAGUUCGGUGCAAGAGCAGCAGCAGCAGUACCACCACCAGCAGCAGCAGCAGCCCUCUGACCAGCAAAAUGACUUCCACUGGAAUGAACAUGAUGAGCAAGAUCAUCUUCUACGAGGACAGGAACUUCCAGGGUCGCAAUUAUGAGUGCAUGAGCGACUGCCCCGACAUGUCCUCCUACCUGAGCAGGUGCCACUCCUGCAGGGUGGAGAGAGGGUGCUUCAUGGUGUACGACCGCAACAACUACAUGGGCAACCAGUACUUCAUGAGGAGGGGCGAGUACUCCGACUUCCAGAGCAUGUUCAACAUGAGCGAGACCAUCAGGUCCUGCCGCAUGAUCCCCAUGUACAGAGGAAACUACAGGAUGAAGAUCUACGAGAGGGAGAACUUCGGUGGUCAGAUGCAUGAGCUGAUGGACGACUGCGACAACAUCAUGGACCGUUACCGCAUGAACAACUGCAUGUCCUGCAACGUGAUGGACGGCCACUGGCUGAUGUACGAGCAGGCCCAGUACAGAGGCAGGAUGAUGUACCUGAGGCCCGGCGAGUACAGGAACUUCAUGAACAUGGGCCAAAGCGGCAUGAGGUUCAUGAGCAUGAAGCGCAUCACCGACUCUUGCUAUUAGACUCUCUUAGCACUGAAUAAAACUGUCACAACCUAAA